UCAGAUGAUAACCUUAGCUAGAUGACCAAGGACGUUUGUCUGGCUGUGCUGAUCAGCAGUUAACACUGUGUGAUAUUAUCUCCCUUUGUGGUUGGAGUAACUAACGGCUCGGAGAUGGGAACGUCAAUCCGAGAUCUCCGUGAUUUCCUGUUGGAAGCGGAGUUGGACCAUUACUAUAGUGCCUUCAAGAACGAGCUCAAAAUCGCGUCCGUGCCUCAGAUUAAAUACGUUGCAGAGGAGGACCUACUGUCUAUAGGCAUGACCAAGCCGGAGAUGAGGCGCCUUAAGAAGUUCUACAAGAAGGAAUGUCCUCAGGGAAAACUGGAGAAAUUUAAAAGGGCUCUGAUGGAUAAAGCAAACUUGACUAGCAGCCCUAAUCGAACACUGAGCCCUCCCCCAGACCAUCGAAUAUCACGCCCAAUAUCCUACAUACGACCCACAGGGAAGCAGAUCAUCUCUUCAGACCUGAUUGAGAUUACGAAAACGCUGGGAGAAGGGGAGUUUGGGGUGGUGCAGCAGGGAGUUUGGACCACAGAAGAGGGGGAAAAGGUUGAAGUAGCAUUGAAGUGCCUGAGUCGGGAUCGGUUAGAGAAUGGAACCCAGGAGUUCCUGAAGGAGGCGGGGUUGAUGCAGACCAUCGACCAUGACCAUAUUGUGCACAUGUUUGGCGUGGUGCUGGAUAAAGAGAACUCUCUUAUGCUGGUAACGGAGCUAGCCCCCUUGAGGUCACUCCUAGACUGCCUGAAAGACCCCCUGAAGAGGCAAGACUUCCCCCUUCUCCGGCUAUGUGACUUUGCUCAGCAGAUCAGCGAUGGUAUGGCAUAUUUGGAGAGCAAGAGGUUGAUACACAGGGAUCUGGCUGCUAGGAAUAUACUUGUGUUCUCAAAGGAUAUUAUUAAGAUAAGCGACUUUGGUCUGUCCCGAGCCCUGGGCCGUGGGAAGGACUACUACCAGAGUAAUUUCACCAUCAACCUCAAACUGCCUAUAGCAUGGUGUGCUCCUGAGUGUAUUAACUACCUCAAGUUCACGUCGGCCAGUGAUGUCUGGGCGUUUGCCGUGACUCUAUGGGAAAUGUUCACGUACGGGUGCCAACCCUGGGCUGGCCUUAGUGGACAACAGAUCCUGGACGCCAUAGACUCUCCUAACCACGAGCGAUUGGACAGGCCAGACUUAUGCCCAAAGAACUACUAUGAUCUCAUGUUAAAAUGCUGGGACCAGAAUGCUGAACACAGGCCAACUUUUGGCGAAAUGUACAUCCUAUUUCCACAAAUGCGCCCGACACAGGUCAAGGCUGUGAAAGACUUUCCAGAAGUCACCGUGCCAAAAGACUAUAUUUAUUACCGGGCAUACGACGUCAUAUCGGUUCUCGACAAAAUGCCCUCACAGCCCCCUGUACCAGGACUUUGGAAGGGAGCCCUAAUGAGCGGAAAAACGGGCUACUUUGACCCUUGCAAUACUGUUCCAUUUAUUGAGCCCAAAAGCAGCCCGGAUUCUUCAACACCAAAGAAAUCUAUUUCAAGAAAAGAUUCAAAGCGUUCAGGAAGCAAGAAGAUUCGCCCGGACAUGAUCAGUCGUCCCCAGAAUGACCUCCGACACACUGGACAUAUCGGUUACGAUGGGGCCAUAUUUGGAGAUGUUGGUUUCAUAGGAGAUAAUUACGACAAACUGCCUCUUAAAACAUCUUCUAUAGGCAAGCUUGACGACAGUCGGAACUCCAUCAACCUCUCCCGCAUGUCCGACAGCCCAGAUAAGGACAACAAACAUCUCAGUCUGUCUGAUUCGUCACUGAACGGGGGACCGCACAGGACCAAUGGAUUUGGACGAUCUUGGAUCAGUGUCGAGUCAUUGCAAUCUACAACGGGACGGACAGACGAACGCGAUGAUAGAGAUGGCUACCUGGACAUAGAUGAUGACUCUCUUCUGGCGGAUUUCAAAAUGCCUGACCUCGGGUCAUCCCUAGACUUUGGUGGCUCAUUCAUGGACGAAGUUCUUAAGGCCUUGAGUGAGAAAGAGUCCCAGCUAGAAUCAACCAAUGAAAAGUCUUCAACUGGCUCUCGUGGCUCCCAGGAGGAUGUAUUUAGCUCUGGAGUACCAGCAAGGAACCGGUCCCUGUCACCUCCCCUCACUGAGCCCCGGGGUCAACCCCCACCCCUCCCUGCUGGGCCACCUAGAGCUGCUCCAAGAAGGUUUGCAAGUCAGAAGGAGGCACCAAAACCAGCUGUAAAACCAGACGGGCACCGACUUCAGGCAAAGGUUAAACCUAUGUCUACAUCAGACGAGCGCAUGAUGGAAGACGCAAUCAACAUUGCUAACGAGUUUGCCUCUCAUUCUGGCCGAUCGCAGAUGAUGCGACAGGAAUCGCAAAACUCUGAGCAUUCUGACGCUGGCUCGGAAUCGCCGAGGCUGAUUCACAGAAUUAAAGCCUCAAUUAAGAAAAGUCCAAAGCAGGAAAGACAAAGAACAUUUUCAGAAAGUUUAAACCAAGAGGCUGAAGAAGUUCCCGCUGAGGCACAAGAAGCGUAUAAUGCGUUAGUCGUUCAUGGAUCGAUAAAGGAGGGAUCACGUGGAUAUCAGCAUAAGUCGAUUGCUGACAAUAAACGAGAAUCAUUUGAUAGUAAUGGCAGUAGUGGGCAGAAUUUUGCUUUUGCAGACUCUAGUAGUUCUAGUGUAUCGAGAACCCCAGAUCGGGCCUCGCCAAUUAAGUCAAUAUCCAAUCGAAGUUCGGCCUCACCCCCGGUGGUACCUCGUGUUCCUAGCCGAGUUGCAGCUCCUGAGCGGCCCUCCCCUGUCCCAAGGCCGGAAAUAUCAGCACCUAGUUUGCCUAAGAGGGGCGAACCGCCAAUGCCCAAACCUAGGCCGGAGCUGGUACACAGAGUUGAACCUACUGUUCGUUCAACACCCCCUCCUGUUCCUGCCAAAGAUUUUGAUAGAACUGAUUAUAGUGCUAAAAACACACCCUCUUCACAUGAAACAACAAGUGCUAGAAACAAUGCGUUUGAAAUAUCUGCGCCACUCGCUAUUAGUGAACCUGAGUGGAAACGGUCAGAGGAGAGUUUAAAAAGUGACCGGAAUUCACAAACCUUUAGUGAUAGUGGUAAAAUGGAUAGUUUGAAUACGAGUAUGGAUUCAGGGCAGAAAUCAAACAGUCAAUCAGACGUGUCGCAAUCAUCAGCAUCAAAAUUUACAUUUUUCGAUGAAGAAAUGGCAGACCCGUCGCCAAGGGAGAUUAUGAGUAAACUAGCACGUGAAAGUCGCCUUCGUCGCUCUUUGGAUCAUCAAAGAGGACCAUCUGGCGAUGGUGAAACAACACCCAACAGAAAUCUACGUGAACCACAGGGUAUACCAGGAAAGACUUUUGCAGCGGCGAGCAGUGGUGAAGUUGAGGAAGAAGUUGAUACAAACCCGUUACGUAUGCUGCGAGGCGGGGUUAUUCCCGUGCGAGGGGGAAGGGCUGGAUCAGGUAUGAGUACAAAUAAACCCACCCUUCGACACCCCAAGCUUCAUUUUACAACCACGCAGGCAUCGUCGUCGCUUCAACAUUCAGUUAGCAUGGACUCAAGCAGGGAAAUAGGGGAAACUGUUGGUCAACACGCGUAUCCUGAUACCGAUGAGGCUGAAUCCAGUGCCCCGGCUGUUCCCCCCAGGGAGAAGAAUGGUGAGGAAAUAGAACUGAUGCAAAAACUCUUUGGCAGUGAUGUGACGAGAGAAGACUGCCGUGAGGCCCUGCAUGAUACUAAAGACUUGAACAAAGCUAUUAAACUAAUAAAACUAAAACAAUUACUCAGCAUUCAGCUGGGGGAUGCUAGUAGGUGCAAAGAGGCCCUCUUAGCAAGUGACUGGAAUAUUCAGAGUGCUGCAGAUUACCUCCUGAACGCUGAUGGAGCCUCACCGACACGCAGUGGUAGAUUUACCCCACCCAGUCCUGAGUGUGUGGAUGUGUAGUGAAAUGGUGGUGUCUAGUCAGUAAAACUAGUUAUGUUGCAUUAUCUGUAUGUGACCUUGACCUUCGUCUUGAAGGUCAUACAUGACCUUUAAUGAAGGUGAAUAUUAUACUAGUAUAUGGUGGAAUAAUGUAUGAAUGACCUUGAACUGUCCUUUUCUCUAAAAGGUCAUGUUUGUUUGAAUUUUGAAGGUCCAUUGUAUGAGCAAAAUUAGUUGUGAUUUUUUUUUAUAUCGCAACAAAGUUCAACACUAAACUGCGUAUGCAACCAAACAGUUCAUUAUAUAGACUUACAUGUAUCUAUCUUUAUUGUACAUAACACUUCAUAAUGUAUAAGGUGUUCAUGAAUUGUUAACUUUAAAUUGCUGAUUGUAAAUGUGUACAAAUACUUGUUAAGUGUUUCUGUUCAUAGACUACUUUUGAGAUGUAUAAAUGAGAAGUAUGUAAAAAUGCCAUGCUUUAAAUUAUUAGAAUAUCUGCCAUAUCUGGAGAGGUUGUUUUGUUUAGUGAUGUCAAAGGUCAGAUAUUGUCAUAGCCUUUGCGUUAUUUAUCAUCAUCAUACAAAAUCAUUAACCAUAACUCAAAACCCUGAGAUAUUCAAAUGAAACUUGGUACAGAUGUUGCCGGAGACGAUAUGCUCAUGCAUUGCAAAGCCCAUAACUCUGGAUUGAAUCAUGGUUGAGUUAUGCCCCCUUUUUGCAGCUGAAACAGAACGGACGAACGUUGACAUUUGUUCACACUCAGCCCUCAGCACUAUGCUGUAAAAUUGAUCGGGGUGUAUUAAAAAAAACAUUUUAGUUAAGAUUAUAUAUUUAAAAUUGACAAUUUCCAGAGCUGUAUAACUCCAUGUUUAGACUUCUUUCUGCUAAAUAUAUGCAUGUAGCAUCAAAUAAAAAUAUAUAGCACGGAAGUAAAAAAAAUAAAAAAAAAAAUGGUUGAGAUUUUUUCAAGAUACUCUUUGAAUAUGGUGCCACGUUAAAGUUGACAUGAUGAAUAAGAUCAUCCAGUGCACACCUGAGCAGGAAAUAAUUAUUGAUUUUUUUUCUAAGCUAGAAUCAUACUUUUUACUACUUUUCAACAUUGUAACAUUUCAUGAGAUUUCAACUGUUCCAUACUGUAACAAAUGGGGAGUUAAUGAAAGUUUUUGUAUUUGUAUUUAAUGUGUAAAUAAUUAUUAAUAUAAGCUCAUAGAUACACCCAGGGUUAAAUUUCAUUACUAACACACUGUAUAUUAUUAAUUAGAUCAUAUAUCCUAGGAUAGUAAUUACCCUUACAUUGUGCAAACUCUACAUUGGGUCAUCAUAUCAAGGGAUAUACAACAAAAUACCGUAAAAUCGAGAAAAUCGACAGCUUAAUGUAUACAACAAAAAGUUUUUGGUUUGGUCAAUGUUAUCCAAAAUGGCUAUUGAUUGGUCAAUAUUCAUCCAAUUGUAUCUACUAAUUAAUCCAAUAGUUCAAUGAGUCAACUGAUUGGUCGAUAUUCAUCCAAUUGUAUCGACUUAUUAAUCAAAUAGUUCAAUGAGUCAACUAGCGAAAAGAUAACGAGUGGAAAACUUGUCAACGUUUUAUACAAUUGUCAAGGCUGAAGUUGCAGAUAUCAAUUCACAUAUUAAGUUGCAAAUUCAAAUAUCAAAGUGCAACCUUUUCAGCCAACCUAUUCUUUUAAAAAAAAUGUAUUGCACUUAAACCAAGAAUAAAGUAUGAAAAAAUAUGAUGGUAUGAUAGUCGUUGAUAUGAUUGCCCAGAUGUUAUUAAUCAUUUAUUUUAUGUAUGAUAAUCACUUUAGUUUGUAUUAUAUUCAUGGAUACAGAUCUGAAUUUCACUUUUUUUUAUCUUUUUCUGUUAUGCUUCUGUUUAUUAGACUUUCUUAUUCAGUUGUGUGCUUUCAUUCAGGUACAUACAUUGUAAGGCCAAUAGGAACUAAUUUCUAGAUUUUCAUCCAAAAUUUUUUUUUUAAUUUCAGGGGUUGACAUUAUAUUUUCUAUUUUUCUUAUUUGACUGUUUGACCGUUGAAUAUGUGUUCAUGCUCUUUCUUUUUUAUAAGGGACCAUAAACAUGUUUUUCCUUUUUUACAUUUAAAUGUUAUACAUCAACACCAUAGGUAUAAGUAAAUGCUGUUCCCGGACUGAUGAACAAAUACAAAACCUAGUUCAGCAUUUUUGAGUCAAUAAAAUUUAAGGGGCAGCAGAAAAAAAGGGGGCAGGCAGGGAUGAAAAUCUAGCAAUUAAUUUAUAUUCCCUUAGUGGAGAAAAAAAUGCCUCUUUUUUUUAAAUAGUUCAUAAUCAGAAAUUAAGAUGCUCUGCUUACUAUUCUCUGGUUUCAAAAAAAAAGAGUAAAACUCUUUGAUUUUAAACAAACACUGCUUGAAACUAAGAUGAUAUUUGUUGGUUCUGUGUGCUAAAGGUAUUAAAACCAUGAGAAGUUAACUUAUUGCAGUAGAUCUGUUUGUUAUGAUUAUCUUGGAGGAGAACUAAAUACACCUUUGCUGUACAAUUUUGCGGACAUGUGCAAUCCUUAGCUUAGAUCAUAAUUUCAUAGUGCUCAAUAUGACAUGACUUUCUGCCUUAAUAUUUUGUCAUUGCAAUAUUUCCAGGUUGUUGGAUUUAAUUCUAGUUUUCUACCCUAAUAGACUUAGAAGUCAAUUUAUAAACUCACUGUUAUCAGAAAGUGUUAAGCUUUGGUGUAGAACUUGAACAGCUACCCAUUUGGAUUUGAAAAAUAUCAACCCUUACAAAAGAAUUGACUGCAAUAUGAGAGUACAUACAAAGUUUGAUUCAAAGCUGAACACUUAGUUCAAGAUUCACUAAUGAGUCUGCUAUUACAAUUAUUUGUGUAAAUAUCCUAUCUCUAUGGAUUAAUGCAUUUUCACCUUUCCUUUGUUGCUUCUACCAUGAAUGUGUAUGCUUUUUUUGAGUCCCUCACUUGCCAAAUGCAUUUGCAAUAAUCUCUAUAACACUGUACAUAUUUUCACUGUUUCUUGUGCAAAUUCUUUGUUUUUGUUUAGAGUGUAUGGCAACACUGUGUGUGAAAUAAGAAUAUUUCACUUUGAUAGGUUAUACAUUGUGCCGAAUGUUCUGAACUUUGUCAAAGUUAACAACGUAAUUAACGACAUCGUUGUAAACUCUAAAACAUGAAAUAUUUCAUGAUUUUUGCAUUAUGUAGAGUUAAAUAAGACUAGUACAGCAAAAACAGUUGUCUUAAAUCUUGUUAAACAUAUAGUAGAUUACAACUGUAUCUGUUGAACUUCUGAAACAGUUAAGAUUUGAAAGUUAACAACAAGGAUGUUAACAACAUUGUUAACUGUAAACAAAAUUGUUAACUUUAACCAAGUUCUGAACAAUCUGCCCAUUUAGUUUUGUGAUUCUGUUCUUGUGUUCUGUUACCCUUUAAAGGAAUGCCAUGUAGUUUGUUAAAAACAAAGCUUCACUGCUGAUUGCAAUUUAUGAACAUAUUUUGUUGAAAAUAAACAUUGACGCACACUGUUAGAGCAGUCUUAAACACAUCACUCUUGUUUUGCUUAAAUUAUUUAUAUUUAUACAUCAUUUUGCCAAUGAGAAAAUGAGAAUUUCCUGUGUUAUAAGUGCUGGAAUUCAGUAUAAAUAUAUUCUGAUAACAUGAAUGUUUGGCUUAACUAUGUUUGUUAUCACCUUGCUUCAUGAAGACUGCUGGUCAAAUUGUGCAAAUCUUAUUUUACAUUAACACUUCCUAUGAUGUCUUCCGUUUACAUGUUAUUGCAACAACCAUUCAGUAAGUGCAUCAUCAGAUACCCUGUUACAUUACUACACAAUACUUCCCUGUGAACCCAGGACGGUUUGGCUUGGAAAAUCUUGUUAUCAUGAAUAAUUUAAGAGGUAGUUUCAUUGGUUGCGCAGGGUAUCAGAUGCUUUACGAUAUUCUGGCGAUUGCUGGAAUUUAAUCGGGUCCACCUUUUCAGUACAAUAAUCAAUGCAGUAGUCAAGACCAGUAGGAUAUGGCGCCUGACUGAUACUACAGGGGUAUUGAAAAAUAUAUAAUUGUAACAUGCGAAUCCAUUAGAAGAAGAGUUGUCUCCCCUGCCUCAUCCAUAUUCAUUGCAACGAGAUUUUAUAAGUCAAUUGUCCCAUGGUAUUUAUGAAGUAUAAUGGAAUUAAGUGUGGUGGUUGCAGACUAUUAGUUAAUAAAGCCUUAAUAUGGUAUGACCGAAUUUAUUUCAUUAUGAAUACCUAAUAUGUUCAGAUGAAUAUGAUGCCAUACAAAACCUUUAAGACAUUCAAUAAACUUCAGCUCAAUGCAAUUUUUCUUGGGGAAAAAAUGUUUGAAAUGCCCUCAUUUCAAUUUGAAGUUGAUGGAAUUUUGAAAGCAAGCUACAUGUUAACAAUGGCAUUUAAAACAAAAUUGCCUAACAAUUUCAACACUGAAAUAUUGUUCUAAAACUUACAUAUAUAUAUAUAUAUAAUUAAAAUGGCAUUAGUCGCUAAAGAAAUAAAAAAUUGAAGACAUUAAAAGAUAAAAUAAACCCUCCUAUAUGUCUGUUCCUAGAUAAUUAUAUGCCUACAACUGUAACAAGUCGGGGCCCCUUUCCAAUCAAGAAAGAUUGUAAGGCUGUUAAAAGAUCAUAACAAUUUAGGCCUAACUCCAUUUUGGUGUCAGCUCUGUUAAGGACUAAGAUAACAUAUUGGAAUGGGGCCCUUGGCAUUGUCAUUUGUGUAGUUUUCUGCCUUUGUAAAUUGUAUAUGUCAUUAGUUUUCCUGUCAUAUCAGUGCCAUAUUUACCAAUAUAAUGUUAGUCAUUUCAUUACAGACAAUACUAUGUCAGUUUACUAAUUGUAUUUCAGUAAUGUUGUAUUAAAUAAUCAAUAAAAUGUUGUUUAUAUA